AUGAUUCAGAUUGGCUUCCAGGGUCGGCCUAGUCGGCCGGGUCGGCCGGGUGGGAGAUUAAGCCCGACUGGCUCUACUCCUCAUGCUCACUUUCUCUCCGCCCUACCCUCCAGCCCGCUGGGGCUUCGUUUCCCUCUCGGCCAGUCAACCGGCUUGAAGCGUUGCACUUUGAUUAGUUGUCCCAGUCACAACCUCACAAAAGAGGACAAUGGACACUGCCUUAAGCUGAUUGGCCGGCUCAAGGAUGCUCCACCUUCUGGUCGUCUCACUGCCUCAGCCUCCUCUCACAAUCGGCUCUGA